AUGGGAUCCGAGGGUUUUGGCAGACCCGUCAACUCUAAUUCGUUCCAAAAUGAUGUUGCAAAUAUGAAAAAUUCUGCUGAGUUUUCUUCCUGUAAUGAAUUUCUAAAGACUCAACCAUGUAAGAGUUCCAAUCAGCUUCCCCAUAUCAAGUGCGAAGACUUGGUCAAAGAUAAGCUCAGCGGUAAUGGCAAAAAUUGUGCUCUGAUUACUUCCACAGUGGAAGGUGUACCGUUGCAACGUAAAUCAUCAAAAUCUAAUAGGAGUAACAGUUCAGGUUCAAAAAGGUCGCGGAUGUCCCAAUCAGAUGAUUAUACAAGCCCUAAUGGAACUGAAGAGUCAAAGGAUAGUUUUGAGAAGCUUGGAUCACAUAAUCUAAAGUGUACUUCUCCAGAGAAAAGUCCAUUACCAAAGCAAAAGGGAAAUAAUAGCAAGCGUGGUGAUAAGAAGAACUUUAAAGUGCCUUCUUCUAAGGCUAAAUUUGAGUCAUCCUCUAUGAAAAUGGGUACAUCAAUCUUCAGUUCUUCUACCGGAGGGAACAACUUUUUCGGUUUGUACGGUCUGAAACAUGAUUUUCAUGAUGUCACAAAUCUCAUGGAUGAACCCCCGUUGGAUGAGCUUCUUAAGGGCACGUUUGACUGUCCCAUUAUAAGCAAAGAUAAGGGGAAGAAAGCAUCAAAUAACAAUGAAAGUUUUUUGAGUUCAGUUAGAAAGGCUUGCUCUAUCAUUCAGUCCCCGAAACUUGUUCAGUCUCAAAACAUGGAGAUGGAUUACUCCUCCAACAAGAAAAUGUCCACUUCUCAAUUUAGUUCAAUUUGUGCAGUAGAAAACGAUGUAAAUGAAGAUAAAGAGCAGUCUUGCUCAACAGAUAUAUCUUCUUCACAGAAGGAUUCUUGUAGCGAAACAGAUUGUAAAGCUAGUCCGCUUGACUUUCCAUUAUGUCAACCUAAGGAUGUAUUAGAACAGAUUGCACUACACCCGUUCCGAGAAUUCGAGUCUUUGCUGAUUGAUGUCUCCAAACUUGCGAUUAGUACAAAGAAUAGUAAUGAUCUACGUUCAGGCAAGCAGGUAUCUCGUCGACCAAGCUUGCCAUCCUUCCCAUGGUCACAUGCUUUUGGUGGCAAUUUUAGAACUAAUUCUGACACAGCUAAGUUAUCAACAAGUAGAAGUACGUGCCGAGGUAAAUGGGCAAGGAUAGGUCUCAUUGCUAGCUCUUCAGAUAUUGAUCGCAGUUCGUUCACAGACCUUGAUUCAUUCAGUUAUGAUCAGAGCCUUGUUCCUUCAUUUGGAAAUUCAGACAGCCAACUUAUUCAAUCUUUCUUUGCCAGUCUUCCUUUCCGUCAGUUGGAUUCUUCGUCAUCUGUAUCAUGUUCUAAAGAUUUUCAGGCUAACACAGAAUUUGGAGGCCAAGUUGAUACUAAAGAAAACGAUGAGACAGUAUUAGCUGCUGCACAAACUCUGUGUGAAAUCAAAACUCGCUCACAAAGGCAGAGCUCGGAUGGAAUUUUAAGAUGGCAAAGGAAACCUUCACACAAGGCCAUGAAAACUUGCUAUUUAAAGUCGAACGAGAAACACGAAGACGCGCCUUCAGCGCCAGUUUCAAUGCUUGGAUCUAACAUGGUGGCCAGAAAAGUGGAGCAGAUAACGCCCACACACUCAAAGAAGUCAAGGCUUUCAACAGUCGAUAAUAAGAAUAGCGGCAGUCACUCCGAUAAUGUAAAGAAAGGAGGAGGCUGUCCGUGGCCAACUUCAAAAUCAGGUAGAUCAUCAUUACCCAGUAAACUAGUUAGGAACUCGAUUGUAGAAAACAAACGUACAAAUACAAAUGCAAGCACUGUAAAGCAGCAACAUUGUAUGAUGAUGCCCCCACCUGCAAGGGAUUUGGAUAAGGCUUAUGAUGGUGGAAAAUUUGUAUUGAUGGAUUGGAAAAGGGGAAGAGACAAGUCAGAUUGA